AUGGCGUCAGGUGAAGGCGUUCUGAUAUGUGCUCUUGUAAUUAUCACGAUUUUUACGGUUAAUAAAGCCCAAUUUAUAAGCAGUGAUUGCAUUGGAAUAAUGAUGAAUGAUUCUGCUGAGGUUGUAUCUACAAACGAAACGCAUACAUACUCAUCGCUGUGGAAUAUUCGAGCUUACUUUAGCAUUUCAUGUCGUAAGCAAAGAGUAAAGGCAAUGAUUUUCCUUCUACUAUUGUGUGGUGAUAUUGAAACCUGUCCAGGUCCUUCGAAUUGCUGUAAUUGUCAGAAGAUUAUUAGAAGUAACCAAAGCAAUAUAAGUUGCAAUGAUUACAAAGGAAAUCCCAUCUGUGUCUGUUCUGAAUGCUAUGAAUCCAAUAUGGCCUCCUCGGGAAAUAACAAUCAACUUGGAGAAGGUAUGUCUGAUGACCCACCAGCCUUAGAGGAACUACUUAACCUUGUUAGUUCAAAGGGAAUAAAGUUAUUACACCAGAAUAUCUGUGGUUUGGCUACAAAAUAUCCACACAUCGAAUUUAUUCUCAAAAACUAUAAGGAUAUUCAUAUGUUUACUUUGAGUGAAACGCAUUUGCAUGAAGAAAAUAUUCAAUUAUUGCCGAGUAUUCCCGGGUAUUCAAUGGUCUAUAGAAAUCGGACAAAUGGAAACUUUGGUGGUGUUGCUGCUUUUAUAGCAGACCGAGUUCAAUGGCUGAGAAGACAUGAUUUAGAAAGUCCCCAUUUGGAAUGUCUGUGGAUUGAAGUUUUACUCAAGAAUACCAAAGGUUUCUUGAUUGGGACUCUCUAUAGGCCUCCAAAUGGUUCAAAGUUUUUAUCAAAAGAUUUCCCUGCCUAUUUUGAUGAUAUGCUAACGUCAGUAGCAGCCGAGAAUAAAGAAGUGAUUCUAAUGGGUGAUAUAAACUGCAAUUUCUUAAAGAAAAGCAAUGAUGCAGAUAUUAAAUCUAUAAUAGAUGUUAAUGGUUUAGAACAAAUGGUUAAAGAUCCCACGAGAAUUACUCCUGAGUCUUCGACACUAAUUGAUGUCAUCUGUACAAACAAGCCCCAGAAUAUUAGUAAGGUUGAAGUAAUAUCUGCAAGCUUGAGUGACCAUGAAAUGAUCGGCUGUGUGCGUAAACUAAACAACCAUUCAUUUAAAGCCCGUACUAUCGAAGCCCGUGACUAUAGGAAUUAUAAUCAUGAAGAUCUAUGCAAUUCUUCGACAAUCCAGUUUUGAUUCAGUGUUCGCUUCAAAAACAGCUGAAUCAGCAUGGGAAAAUUUUAAACACAUUUUUCUUUCUGCUGUUGACAAAUAUGCCCCACUAAUUAGAAAGAAAAUCCGUGGUCGCCCUUGUCCAUGGUUACGAAAUGAAACGAAGCGUGAAAUGGCCGAACGAGAUUGGCUGUUAAAGAAAGCUAGGAAAUCAAAUGCUGAGAAUGAUUGGAGUAAAUAUAAAAGAAAACGAAAUCGUGUAAACAAUCUAGUCAAGAUGAAUAAAAACCGCUAUUACAAAGAUUUACUGAAGGAGAAUUCCAGAAAUCCAAAAAAGUUUUGGAGUACCAUAAAAGAAAUUUUUCCUAAUAAGUCGGCAAAGUGUACUGGACGAUCAUUUCAUGCUGAUGGCAAACUAAUUACGCAUAGUAAUUGUAUAGCAAAUGCAUUUGGGUCAUUCUUCUCGACUGUCGUAGACAACCUAAAACGAAAAUCCCGUCCUCUGAAAGACUUUGUUUGGGGUCAUCGGCAUGUACCCAUUACCCAAACUAACUUGAGCUUUCAGUUUAUACCAGUCACUGAACACCACAUAGAAAAGAAAUUGAAUCAAUUAAAACGAUCAAAAGCUGCUGGUAUUGAUAAUAUCCCUCCUGGAAUACUUAAGGACUGUUCGACUGUUGUGAAGGAUCCUCUGGCACAUAUAAUAAAUAUGAGCUUAUGUACUGGAGUUAUACCUUCCGAAUGGAAAGUGGCUAAAGUCAUCCCAGUUCACAAAAAAGGGCCCAUCAAUGAUUUUGACAAUUACCGUCCUAUAUCGAUAUUACCGGCU